UUCGGUUACGUGUGUUUCCAUUUAACCAAAAGACAAUUACAAGGUACAGAUCACAUUGCUCAGACCCGCGCGCGAUUUCGGUCGGCUAUCUAAAGCCCACUAGAAAGCAGACCGUUGUAAGUGUUGCACGAAUCGUUAAGGCAGAUGAGUGGCAUUUAAGCAGAAUGAAAAAUGGGUCGCAGUAAAAGAAAGCCGAAGAAAUUGAAAGUAUCUACAGAUAAGAAUAACGGAAGCGAUUUGAAGAAAAAUAUUGACAUUUUAUCCAGGCUAUCCUUUCCUGUUUCAACUAACACUGGGCAAUUUGAAUCGGAGGAUGAUACAGACGAUGAAGAAACGAUCGAAUUUGACUUCCGACCACGAAAAACGUACCUCUCAAACACAUGCUUGGUUUGUUCCCACAUCUCCAAUCCAAAGUUAGUGUGUAAAAACUGUUUCAUGGUUUCAUACUGCACGGAGGAUCAUCGAAGUCAAGACGCAGCUUUACAUCAGGACUUUUGCAGAGCUUUGGCCGAAAAUUGCCAGGAAAAAUGCGACGGGAUCGAUGACAGGAAAAACACGCCGAGUCCAGAGGAGUACAGAAUAUUAAGGGUCAACCUCAUCAAAGUGACCGAAAUUUUUUUAAACCGUUACCUCGAGCUCUGGGAAAAGGAAGUAAUCCUCUACCCCCGGGUCUGUUUCAAGUGUCAUAGUUUUGGUAAAAAUAAGGGUGCAUCGUUGCAGUGUUGCCCGGAUUGCAAAGUUGUGUUCUGGUGUCAAGAACAUCGUGACGAUCACUCUGAAUGGUGUUUGCAGUACCGAUUAUUUCACAAGUUAAUUUUGGCUCAAGCUACGCACGGAAAUGUGGAUCCCGGGAUUCCGAAUGUGUACUUUGUGGCUCCAAAACUUUCCCAGUUUAAUUUUGACACCGUUGCGUCUAUGAUUAGUGGUAAUGAUUCCGAUCGAUUUGUAAACAUGGACUUCUAUAAUUACACCACUUUGUCCCACAUGGCAAGUGUUCCUCUGACAGCAUUGUAUGCGUUACAGGAAUCCUACAGUAGUUGGAAAUCUACCGAUAACAUAGUCCUGCAUUUGAUCGGUGCAGAGUUUCAGUACGAAGGCAUAAAUUUGCGUGUUUGGGAGAAGCUUUUCCUUCACUUUUUACCAAACUUGAAAACGCUCAGAGUCAUUAUAACUGGCCCUGAAUUGAUCCUGCCCCAGUUAGUACCGCGUGAUAUUUUAAGCCACGUCAAACUUUGCCGCUUAUGUAAACUGAGGGACAGAAAAAUCGACGUCUCCUUCGUUCCCGAGACGUUAUAUCACGACUUUUGCUAUUCUCCGAAUUAUAAAAAACCAGACCUGACUUGUUUGUUUAACGCUGGGUUGUACCGGGCGACUGGUUUCCGGGGUCAAGACACGUGGCCACAGACUAUUUUUGAAUUGUGCAAAAGCAAGGUCCCAAUUUUAGUAACUGCUUAUACGGAACGUGAAAUACCGAUGGAUAUCGAAAGAAUAAAAGGCGUCUGUUCGGACUUGGAAAUCGUUUUGGCACCGCAAAAGAAUCCGUAUGCCAGUUUGAAGCCAGAUAGAAACUUCGUUAGCGACGAAUCAGUGCCUUUGAUAUACAAAAAUUAUUAUUUAAGCAUUGUAAGAGUUGCUGGAUAACUAAUUUGUAAAGAAUAAAUGCUCAUGUUUAUCGUUCAACAA